CUCCUCUCCGCGGAGCCAGCAAGAUUCCAACACAGACGAAACCAGAAGAACGCACGGGAGAGGGGAGAAGCGCGACUGCGCAGCGAACCCAGAAAGCGAGAGGGGGAGCUGCCGCCGCCGCGCUCUCACCGUCCCCAUCUCCCUCCAUCUCGCUUUCUCGCUCCGUCCAAUCGCCGCGUGACCGUGGGAACUGAUGCCCGUAUCCUCCGCCUUCUGAUCGAAUCCGGCGAAAAAGACUGGUUCCGUGUCGCCGGCGUCGCCGGCGAUCUUGAUGGCAUUGGAGUCCGGGAGCAGCGGCCGCGGCGGGAGUGGAUGGGGCGGCGGGUUCAGGUGCCUGAUGCGGCGGAAGCAGGUGGACUCCGAUCGGGUCCGCGCCGAGGGCCAGCCGCAGCUCGCCAAGGAGCUCAACGUCCCGGAGCUCGUCGCGAUCGGAGUCGGUUCCACAGUUGGAGCUGGAGUAUAUGUUCUUGUGGGAACAGUUGCUAGGGAGCACGCUGGUCCAGCAUUGACAAUUUCCUUUCUGAUAGCUGGAAUAGCAGCAGCGCUUUCAGCUUUCUGUUAUGCCGAGCUUGCUAGCCGUUGCCCCUCUGCUGGAAGUGCCUACCAUUACUCGUACAUCUGUGUUGGAGAAGGUGUUGCCUGGUUGAUUGGAUGGGCUUUAGUGCUGGAAUAUACUAUUGGUGGAUCUGCUGUUGCCCGUGGCAUAUCCCCCAAUUUAGCCUUGUUUUUUGGAGGACCGGAUAGUUUGCCAUGGAUUCUGGCACGCCAUCAGCUUCCAUGGUUCAAUAUCAUUGUUGAUCCCUGUGCUGCCGCUCUUGUUUUUAUUGUGACUGUUUUACUGUGCGUGGGAAUUAAAGAGAGUUCAUUUGCACAAGGAAUUGUAACAGUUCUGAAUGCUUGUGUAAUGGUAUUUGUUAUUAUAGCUGGUAGUUACAUUGGCUUCCAAAUAGGAUGGGUCGGCUACAAGGUUUCUGAUGGGUAUUUCCCUUAUGGAGUAAAUGGAAUGCUUGCUGGAUCAGCAACUGUUUUCUUUGCAUACAUAGGCUUUGAUACAGUCGCUAGUACAGCUGAAGAGGUAAAGAAUCCACAGAGAGAUCUGCCAUUGGGAAUAGGAGUAGCCUUGGCUAUUUGUUGUGCAUUGUAUAUGGCUGUAUCCGUUGUUAUUGUUGGGCUAGUACCAUAUUUUGCUAUGGACCCUGAUACUCCUAUUUCAUCUGCCUUUGCCAAACAUGGGAUGCAAUGGGCCAUGUAUGUUGUGACAAGUGGUGCUGUUCUUGCACUUUGUUCAACCUUGAUGGGCUCACUUCUUCCACAGCCUAGAAUACUUAUGGCCAUGGCACGAGAUGGGCUGUUGCCAUCCUUCUUCUCUGAUGUUAACAAGCAAACACAAGUACCUGUUAAAAGCACAAUUGUGACCGGCAUCUGUGCAGCUGCUCUGGCUUUUGCAAUGGAUGUUUCACAGUUGGCAGGAAUGGUCAGCGUAGGCACACUCCUUGCAUUCACCAUAGUUGCUGUCUCGAUCUUGAUACUCAGAUAUGUCCCUCCAGAUGAGGUCCCUUUGCCACCCUCCAUGCGAGAAUCAUUCUGUUUGAACCAGGAGUGUGAUAUGGAAAAGGAUAGGGAUCUUCUUGGAGACGGGAAUUGCAACAUAUCUCAAACAAAGGAUGUGAUUGUUCUUGUCGAAUCAAUGAAUGACCCUCUCAUUGGGAAAAGACAACAUAGAGGCAAGAUGGACGAGACAAAACGUCGAAAGAUAGCCGCUUUCAGCAUAGGAUCUGUGUGCGUCGGGGUUCUGAUCCUCACAGCUUCAGCCUCUGUGACAUGGCUGCCUUUUCUCCCAAUAUGUAUUGGCUGCAUUAUUGGCAUUGUGCUUCUUCUGACUGGCCUUGGCGCUCUCUCCUGGAUUGAGCAGGAUGAUGGCAGGCACUCUUUUGGUCACUCUGGAGGAUUCACAUGCCCAUUUGUUCCAGUGCUACCAGUUAUGUGUAUCCUGAUAAAUACUUAUCUGUUGAUAAACCUGGGCGGUGACACGUGGAUGAGAGUUGGCAUAUGGCUGCUGAUGGGUGUUCUCGUGUACAUUUUCUAUGGGCAAACCCACAGCUCCCUAACAGAUGUUGUUUACGUUCCGGUAGCGCAAGCUGAUGAGAUAUACAGGAGUUCAUCAGAAUACGUAUCAUAGAAAAGAAAAGCUGCAGUCUCAUGUGGCAUGAUAUAGUUGUUGAAAAAUCAACAGAUGAUAUAGUUGCUGAAAGUUCGACGAUCAUCGGUUGCAGUUUAUUGGUUAUCUGCCAGGAAGCAGGAAUGGACUGCUCCUUCUGUCACAUUUGGCCACAUAAUCUCAUGGAUGCAAGAUAUAUGCUGUGCGAGGCAGAUCAAUUUAUACAUUCUUGGAGUGUGCAUUGGUGUGGUGUAUAUAAAUCCAAUUGGGUGGAGUAUGUGAUAUAUGAUGUGGUAUAAUUGAUGUACAAGCCAUUUGUGCCGAAAAAUGGGUGGACACUGAAAACAAUUGUUGAAAUAUUACACAAAUUGAAAAGCAGCCACCUUCUUUUAUGUCAUCAA